GCAGGAGGGCGGCGCGCGGCUCCCGGGCCGCACGAGCGGAGAUGCGGCGGGUCCCGCGGGCGGGGCUGGCGCUGCUGCUGCUGGAAGUGGGGGUGCGCGCCGCGCUGCUGGGGCUCUUCCUGUUCACUGAGCUGCUGCCUCUCCAGAGAGUCAUACAGCCGGAAGAAAUGUGGCUUUAUAAAAACCCCUAUGUGGAGUCCGACCAUGUACCCGCUAAGCCCAUGUUUGUCAUUUCCUUUUUGUCUCCCCUGAUCUUGAUUCUACUGGCGAAAUUCUUCAUGAACGCGGACCAAGAGGAUACACGGGAAGCCUGCUUAGGUGCCAGCCUGGCUCUUACCCUGAAUGGUGUCUUUACCAAUGCUGUGAAGCUGGCCGUGGGCAGGCCUCGACCGGACUUCUUCUACCGCUGCUUCCCAGAUGGCCGGGAAACCCUUCAGCUGCUGUGCACGGGGGACGCGCAAAUAGUGACCGAGGGGCGCAAGAGCUUCCCCAGUGGACAUUCUUCUUUUGCCUUUGCCGGCCUCGCCUUUGGCUCCUUCUACAUCGCAGGGAAGCUCCACUGCUUUGCGCCUGGUGGGCGUGGGCAGUCCUGGCGCCUCUGUGCCUUCUUGGCGCCCCUCUUCGUGGCGAUGCUCAUUGCUUUAUCCCGCACCUGCGAUUACAAGCAUCACUGGCAAGAUGUGCUGGUUGGUUCAGGAAUGGGCCUUGCAUUUGCCUACCUGUGCUACAGACAGCAUUACCCUCCUCUGACGGAUCCCGAGUGCCAUCAGCCGCUGCAGCGCAAAUCCAGGUUCUCUGCCCCAGAGAGACAAAAGCUGACAGUCUCUGGUUUCAGCCUCGAUGUAUAAAGACCUCAGGAUCCCCACCUGCAUGCCCUGGGAAAAGGAGGGAGGCCACAGCCUUCGGUGUUACUUGGUGCCUGGAGGAGGAGUGCGGUUGGAUCACACCAUUUUUAAAAGCCAGCUGGGGCUUUGAGAUCUGCUCUGGCCCUACCAGUCUGAUUACACAGGGAGCUAGGGAACAGUGCUGGGCAUUGCAUGGCAAUUCUGGAGGCAAUUCUCUCCUACUAGGCAGCAGGGCCUGGACCAAUCGCAUUUCCAGUCCAGCCCAUGCCACUCUUAAUAACGCAGUUGCCCUAAGUCAAAAGGCAAUCUGGUCCAGUCCUUUGCUGUAAGGCAAAACCAUCACCUGCCGCUCGCCUCCACACAGAUCAUCAGAGCGCCAUCCCAGCCAGGGUGUCUCUCCUGCACUGAACACCACUCCCUUAAACAUGACCCACAUUUUAUUGACCAGCAGUGGGACACGCUCCCUCCCAUUUAUUCUGGAUGGAGGAGAGCUGCUGAGAGGUUCUCUCUGUGAAAGGGUGUGGUGAUGCCUUUCCCCCCCUCACGGAUGAAAGAAGGCACGCCAACACGAUUUUGGGGUCUUGCCUCUUUCUCUGCCCUUUUGUGUUAUGCCACACCCAGUGACAACCAUAUUGGGACCAGAGUUGGUGGCACAUUGCAAAAAUUUCAGAUGAGCUCACUGGGCCCUGAAAGUUUGGUGACCUCUUCUUUAGCGUAGACAGGGUCCCUGGUCGGUUUUCUGCCCUUCCAGCUACCUCCAGGCUUUCCCCAUUCAACCUGUACAUUCCCCACACAGGUCGGCUGGCUUUUAUGUUCAGAAGCCUAGCAAGCCUAAAAGCGUGUAGGAGCAGAAGCAUUUCUGGAUCUGAGCCCACCUCCUUCAUCAGAUGCAUGGAAUGUUACCCUCAGCUGGUGGGGUGUACGGUUCUUGGGGAAGCGGCAUGCAGCUUAGUUGGAGAGCAUCUUCCUUGCAUGCAGAAGGUGCAGGAUCAGCUCCUGGUGUCUCCAGGUGCAGCUGGGAAACAGCACCUGCCUGAGACCCUGGGAAGCCACAGCAGGUCAGUGAAGACCUCAGCUAGAGGGACCCAAUGAUCUGACUUGGUAUAAGGCAGCUUCCUAUGUCUCUAUAGUCCUCUCUCAUAUAUACAAAUGAGAGCCUGUCAGUUGAACCUCAAGCAUGUCUACUUAGAAGUAAGUCCCUCCCAGUUCACAGGUGUUUACUCACCAGUGAGCGUGUUUAGGAUUGCAGUUGAGAGCAGAGCAAGACACUUUUGGGGCAGAGUUGCAGCUAAUGCAUGUAUGAUGCAAUGGACUAAUGAAUGAAAGUUCCUGCCAUGAUGCAUUUGAUACCGUUUUUGGUACCAGAAGACUCUCUCUCCCUUUUUUUGCUGCAGCA